AUGCAGUGCAUAUUGAAUAGGAUUACGCUACUGGCUACGCCAGUUAUUUUCUUUCUUUGGCUAUCCACGGAGAUUUCGCCUGCAGGAUGCGCCUUCGUGACCUUCCAGAACGAGCCCACGUCCACGAGAGGCACCAGGAGGUCUUCCCGUUCGUCGCGCAAUCAACAGGCGACUUCGAGUACUUCGCAAGCUGGAGCUGGUGAGGCUACAGAGCGCACGGGGGGCAGAGCUGCGGGCUCCAAGCUUAUCCCGCAAACGCCAUGGACCAGGUACAUGAUCAAGUACGACAUCGCUCGCUGCCACGGAUCCGGUAUUUUCGUCGACAUCGGAGGAUACGAGGCUGUUGGAAACAAGUAUUAUCGUAUGCCCACAGGAAAAUGCCCCGUUAUGGGUAAGGUCAUCAACCUUGCGAGCGGUGCGGACUUCCUCGAACCGAUUUCUGCCGACAACCCUCGCUACAGGGGUCUGGCGUUCCCCGAGACUGUGAUCAAGCACACUGGAGCUUCGGCAGGUGCUCUUACAAACGCAGGCAGCAUCCACGGUAAUUUGUCGCCAGUAUCAGCCGCCGACCUCCGUAAGUGGGGUUACAAGGGAAACGCCGUUACUAACUGCGCCGAAUACGCCAGCAACAUCGUGCCCGGUUCCGACCAGAGGACCAAGUACAGGUACCCCUUCGUCUACGAUGGAAAGGAGGAGAUGUGUUACAUCCUGUACUCUCCGAUGCAGUACAACCAGGGAACCAGGUACUGUGACGAGGACGGAUCAGCGAAGGAAGGACCUAGCUCGUUGCUCUGUAUGAAACCGUACAAAAGCGAGGCCGAUGCGCACCUGUACUACGGAUCAGCGCGCAUUGACCCGAAGUGGGAUCAGAACUGCCCUAUGAAGCCCAUAAAGGACGCCAUUUUCGGUACGUGGGUUUCCGGCGCCUGUGUUGCACUCGAAUCUGCUUUUGAGGAGUAUGUCGACAGCGCUGAGGAAUGUGCUGCGAUCCUGUUCGAAAAUUCAGCUGCGGAUGUUGACAUUGACAUCGACUCGGAGAGGUACAAUGAAAUCAGCGAGCUCUACAAUGGUCUCAAGAACCUUCAUCUUCAGCAGAUCGCAUUCUCGCUGUUUGCCCCUAUGGCGAAAUCAGCCGCUUCCGCCACGCUGUCCAAGGGUGUCGGUAUGAACUGGGCGAACUACGAGUCCGCAACAGGUGUUUGCCGUAUCCUGAACACAACGCCUACCUGCCUCAUCAUCAACGCCGGCAGCCUGGCCAUGACCGCCCUCGGUUCCCCGUUGGAGUCGGACGCCAUUAACUACCCGUGCCACAUCGACACCCUUGGUUACGUCGAGCCGCGCAAGAGGGACAGUAGGGAAGAUGGCGACAGGAACUCCGGUAUCACCACCGCUCUCAACAUGCAAACUUUGAAGUGCACGAAAUACGUCCACUCGAAGUAUUCUGAAAGCUGUGGCACGUACUACUACUGCUCCGAGGAGAAAUCCGGCUACCUCAGCAGGCUGUACCAGUUCAUGUGCUCGCACAACGUGAAGAAGGCUGCGGUUAUUUCCACGGCGCUCGUGUUGCUUUGCUUGGCCAUCUACUGGAUUUACCAGAGGCUCUGGAGCACGAAGAAGGGUCGUCAGCACGAUGAUUACGACCGCCUUAUGAGCAAGUACGAGUAUGACGAUGUAUCGCAUGACAAUAUCGAGCCGGAGCACCAACUGAGAACAGACGCGUACAUCUGGGGAGAGGCUGCCGCCAGACCCAGUGACAUAACGCCAGUACACCUGACUAAGCUCAACUGA